CAGAGCUAGAGAGAGGAAGAGAAGAAUUUAGGGAGAUAUGGGGCAACCGGGUUCGGGAGACCCGGGACCCAGCGGAGAUCCGGGCUCUACCGCCGUCGAGCUACGGCGGUUUCCGUUGGCCGCCCAGCCCGAAAUAAUGAGAGCAGCAGAGAAAGAUGAUCAGUACGCCUCUUUCGUCUACGAUGCCUGCCGUGACGCCUUUCGCCAUCUCUUUGGUACAAGACUCGCUGUAGCUUACCAGAACGAGACAAAGCUUCUUGGUCAGAUGCUUUAUUAUGUCUUGACUACGGGAUCAGGGCAGCAGACACUCGGGGAAGAAUACUGUGAUAUAACUCAGGUAGCAGGACCUUAUGGACUUUCCCCAACACCUGCAAGGCGUGCUCUCUUCAUUUUGUAUCAGACUGCUGUGCCUUAUAUUGCAGAAAGAAUUAGCUCUAGAGUUGCCUCCCAUGGCAUCCUUCUCGCAGAAGCUCAUACUGGUGAGUUCUACUCGGGCAAUGCACCAGAAUGGAGCAGUCAUGUUCAAUCUCCCACAAUAAUUGAUAUUCCAUCACCAUCUGCAUCAAGAGCUUCUGCAUUACAGAGGUUCAAAGAGAAGUGGAAGACACUAUGGCUCUCUGCAGUUCGGAGAUGGCCAGCGGUUCUCCCUGUUGCUCGUGAACUAUUACAAUUGAUUCUUCGUGCUAACCUCAUGUUCUUCUACUUUGAAGGGCUAUAUUAUCAUCUUUCAAAACGUGCUUCUGGCAUUCGUUACGUAUUCAUUGGGAAACCAUCAAAUCAAAGGCCCAGAUACCAAAUUCUGGGCAUUUUUCUUUUAAUUCAGCUCUGUAUCAUUGCUGCUGAAGGUUUGCGGCGUAGCAAUUUAUCAUCUAUUGCUACUUCAGUUCAUCAUGCAUCAUUAGGAUCAAAUCAAACUUCAUCAGGGCGAGGUUUGCCAGUCUUGAAUGAAGAAGGCAAUUUGAUACCUAUAGAAGCUGAAAAGGGGACCUGGAUCCCUGAUUCCUCAUCAUCUUUGGAGGCUCAAGCUGCAGGUGGAGUCAGCAAAUGCACGCUCUGCCUGAGCAGCCGUCAACAUCCAACAGCUACCCCAUGUGGUCACGUAUUCUGCUGGAACUGCAUUAUGGAAUGGUGCAAUGAGAAGCCUGAAUGCCCUCUCUGCCGUAGUUCCAUAACUCAUUCAAGCCUCGUUUGCUUAUACCAUUCUGACUUCUAGCAAGUGGUGCAUGGAAAACUCAUUGAGUAUCUCAGGCUGCUCGUUAAGAGAAGAAAAGAACAACCAAAAACAAGCAACUUGUGCCUCUCAAGGGGAAACACCUUGGACUUGGUUACAGUUGAAUCUUGUGAAAAAAGGAUUGGAAUAUGGAGUCCUCUACUUGAUCAUGGUUGUCAUAGUUGCAUCUGAUUCUUUUUGCCUGUGAAUGUCGCGUAGGUCUUGUAUAUGAGAUCAGUAUAAGCAUGCUGUGAUCACCAUGUAUUUUUGAAACAAAUAAUGCAUUCAGGUUAUAGGAUUAGGAAUGUAACAAUUUUCUUUGUAGAUUCAGAAACCCUCUCUUGCAAUUUUUCUUUUUUUUUCUUGAUAUCCAGGGAGCUGGAAAUGAUGCUUUAUGCCUUGAUGUGAUGAGAUGGUGUAGCCAUAAUUUUUUGAAGGAACAAUACAAUCCGUCAUAAUUUCUAUA